GAUAAAAGGGGGUUUCCAACACGUUUAACCAACAUCUAUGAUUUAGCAGAAACACAGUAUACAAACCAYUCAGUGAUAGCAUUGAUCAGUACCUUGAUUAUAGGUUCAAAGUUGACCAUGACCGUCAUGAUAGUCUUUGUAUUAUUGACCACAUCUAUUCGAAACAUGCAGGCUCUUUCGGGCCAAGACACGUGCCCAGUGKUGAGAUACAAUGGCAAAUUCAUUGAGAGUGACCAUGUGAAGGACCACGCCCUUAAUGGACGAUCCUACAAAAACCUGACCACCAAUACCAUACAUGAGUGCUUCAGUGUCUGUAUCAAUGACUGUCGAUGUGUGUCCUAUCAACUAUCUGGUAGACGAUGUGAGCUGAUUGACGAGGACAGACACACAGCUCCUGAUCUUUUCAUCCCAUUGGUAGGAUACAAGUACUACGAGCUAAAGCAACAAUUUAAAAAGUCCAACAGUGUUGGUUGUUCAAGUCAGUGUAAUAAUGGCUGUUGUCGUUAUUCUAAACCUUGYCUUAACGGUGGAACCUGCAUCGAGACGUGCCAAAACGUCACACACAAGUUUCAGUGCAAAUGUCCACAGGGUUUUGGUGGAAGAGUUUGUCAGAUUCCUCCUUCAUGUACAGCGUACAGCCACAUGUCUGUGCCAAAUAUCUAUCCAAUYCAAACAACCAAUGGUAAAGUUUUGAAGGUGUACUGUGACAUGACGUCAGAGCAGGGGAUGGUGUGGACUUUGAUCGAGUCAUUUGCUUUYUCGGCAAAAGAAAAAUUCCAAGCGGCGCCCAUGACAAAGGAUUUUCCUUCCAACGAAGAAAACCCUCCCAACUGGUCUGACUAUCGCCUGUCACGCAAUACAAUGCAACACGUCAGACGUGACGCUACUCACUGGAAAGCCACUUGCAACUUUGAUACUAAUGGGAUGGUCAAGACAGACUACAUCCGGGGACGUCUGAGUGAAAUGGAUAUUCUGACGUACUUGGGUGGUCACAAGUGUGCUAGAGUCGAGUUUAUCAAGGUGCGUGGAAUCAAGUGCUCCGAAUGCACAGUACACUUUGGCCAAAAAAGGUCACAUCAUCCCUUUAUUGACAGUGCUAGAGGGUUAAAUCUAGGGUGUACUUGGAAUGGACGUCCUGGAGGAGUGGUCACCGAUUCAAAUUGGUGCGACAACUUUGGAUAUUAUCGAGCUACCAACCCUGCUCAUAGUUGUACUGCAUCGCCGUCUUCUACUACACAAUGGUGGUUGGGAGUUGCUGUUCCAAARCCAUGA